CCAGAGCUUCCGCAACGGCCAGUUCGCCGAGGCCACGGUGCUCUACAGCCGCGCGCUGCGGAUGCUGCAGGCGCAAGGCUGCAUUAUUUUCCAUUGUAUGGAUAUACCACGCUUUCUUUAUCCAGAUGUAAACAAGGCCUGUCUGAUAAGGAUCAGGGCUGCAAAGAAGACAAAUACAGUGAUGUGGUAAGAGAGGUGACUGGGGAGCUCCUUUGGAGUGGAAGGUCAAGGACAACUUUGAAGAAGAAGUGACCUUUGAAGUGACAUCUGAAUGAUGAGAAGAAGCCAAGUGCACACAGUUUUGGGUGCUGAGCAUUCCAGGUGGAGGGAACUGUUCAUUCCACGGGCCCCCAGACAGAGUAAGCGUGGUGUGUUGCAGGAGCCAGACCAUAGUGAGCCAGUGGGGAAUUGUUGUUCGAACCCCGAAGAAGAAAGUAUCCUCUUCUCUAACCGCGCAGCCUGCCACUUGAAGGAUGGCAACUGCAGGGACUGCAUCAAAGACUGCACUUCAGCACUGGCCCUGAUGCCCUUCAGCAUGAAGCCCCUGCUGCGGCGGGCAUCGGCCUACGAGGCCCUGGAGAAGUACCCCCUGGCCUAUGUGGACUACAGGACUGUGCUGCAGAUUGAUGACCGUGUGGCGUCGGCCCUGGACGGCAUCAGCCGAAUGACCAGAGCUCUCGUGGACUCGCUGGGGCCCGAGUGGCGCCUGAAGCUGCCUUCUAUCCCCUUGGUGCCUGUCACAGCUCAGAAGAGGUGGGAUUCCGUGCCUUUGGAGUACCACAAAGAGAAGGCUAAGAGAAAAUUCAGAGAAACCACAACUUCCAAGGGCAGAGUGUCUUCUGCUGGGGAUGUGGAGAGAGCCAGAGUUCUGAAGGAAGAAGGCAAUGAGCUUGUAAAGAAGGGAAACCAUAAGAAAGCUAUUGAGAAGUACAGUGAAAGCCUCUCCUUUAGUGACAUGGAGUCCGCCACAUACAGCAACAGAGCGCUCUGCCAUCUGGCCCUGAAGCAGUACAAGGAAGCGGUGAGGGACUGCACGGAGGCCCUCCGGCGGGAUGGAAAGAACGUGAAGGCGUUGUACAGACGAGCGCAAGCCUACAAGGCACUCAAGGACUACAAAUCCAGCUUGGCAGACAUCAGCAGUCUCCUGCAGCUUGAGCCCAGGAACGGCCCUGCCCGGAGGCUGCAGCAGGAAGUUAAGCAGAGUUUAAACUAAAGACCCAGAAGGUUAGCGGGAAGCCUCUGCCCGAGCUCCCUCCUCUGUGCCUGCUCCUGGGACCCAGCAUGCCCCCGAGCGAGCUCUGAGGCCACUCAGACGUGCUGGCUUCCCACCCCUUAAGAGGCUUUGCUUUGUUCAGAAUUAAGCUCAGAGUAGUAAAAAGAAAAAACAAAACAAAAAACCCCCAGAUGGUGUUCUGCUGGAACGGUCCCCACUGCCGCCUGCCCCGGACAGCUAGCAGAGCACUUGGCUCGGACGCUGCCCCAAGCAUGCUCCCCACGGCUGCCCUCCUAGCUUCCCCAGACCCAUCUCACUGUGGUUCAUCUGAGCAAAGUGAGCGCGGGGGUCGGGAGGUUGGGGAGGGGUAAACUAGAGCCCAAAGCAGCCUGUUGAGCUGGUUCUCCAGGGCUGCCAUCCCCACCCUGUCCGUCCCAGAGCUCCCGGUGUUCUGAGCUCCAGUGCCUUUUGGCUGGGCCCUCCUCUGGUAGGGACACAGAAUCCUGACCCGCAGGUGGCCUUGUCUGUAGCUCUGGGCUGCUACCCCCUCCUGCGGGGAAGUGCCUGAGCGGUUUUAAGAGUCCGGAGGUGUGGCCGCUCCUAAAGGUGGGAUGGAGAGAAAAGGCCUUGAAGUCUGUGUCCUUCCACUCUGGGCAGGGACCAUCUUUUGACCUCAACAGUGGCCCCCUCCAAGCUUCUUGGUUCUUUGUCACGCGAAGUUAAUUUGAACUAAAUGGACUGAUUUUGUUGAACUGUGUAUCCAAGCUAUUGCAUUAAACAUCUUUCUGGUACGUA